UUCCCAUCUAAAUUCCUCUUUCCAAGAAUAGUCCCGUACAAGCCCCAAUUUACGUAUCAUUUCCUAAUGCUAUUUUUCCAGUAGAACGACUUCGGCACUGAGCAUGCUCUUCUGAAAAAAUUCGAGUGUUGUUGUCGGAAGCUUGUUUGUUACUCCCUAAAUUCUUUCAUUUUUAGGAAAUAAUAAUAAUAAUAAUAAUAAAAAUGAGUAUUUAAAUUAGAUAAUCUGCUCUCUCAGUCGGCGAUUGUUAAGCACGCAUAGUUUCGCUUUAGUGUUACUGAGAAGAUGGAGAGCUUGCCGACGACGACGACGACGAAGUCAGACAGACGAUGGAGGUCAAAGCCUCUUCAGGCAUCGAAACCUUCUCUCCUGAUGGCCUUGUUUUCUUGCAUGGCUUGGCUCUAUGUAGCUGGCAGGUUGUGGCAGGAUGCGGAAAACAGAAUGUUACUUGCUGAUCUUCUUAAGAAAAAUGCAGGCCAGAGACCCAAAGUCCUAUCAGUUGACGAUAAGUUGGCAGUCCUUGGCUGCAAAGAUCUGGAGAGAAGGAUUGUGGAAGCUGAGAUGGAUCUGACAGUAGCGAAGAAUCAAAGGUAUCUGAAGAAUCAUUUGCAACAAAGUGGCUCUUCUUCUCCCCGAAUUCUAGCUGUUAUAGGAGUGUAUACUGGAUUUGGCAGUCGAUUGAAGAGAAAUGUGUUUAGAGGAUCUUGGAUGCCCAGAGGUCAGUGGGAUUUCUUAUUGCAGCAAAUGCAGGAAAUAUGUUCCAAAAUUGAUGUUUUAAUGAUUUCAAAUAUGUUAAGCAGGAGAUGCUUUGAAAAAACUAGAAGAAAGAGUGCUAACAGGGGUGAUAGCUUAGAUCGUAAUAUUGAUGAGGAAAAUCGUUCAACAAAGGAUUUUUUUAUUCUGGAAGGUCAUGAGGAAGCUGAAGAAGAGUUACCCAAGAAAGCUAAGUUCUUCUUUGGCACAGCGGUUCAAAAUUGGAAUGCAGACUUCUAUGUUAAAGUUGAUGACAACAUUGACCUUGAUCUUGAGGGGCUAAUUGGACUUCUUGAACGUCGUUGUGAUCAAAACAGUUCUUUUAUUGGCUGCAUGAAGUCAGGAGAUGUUGUAGCUGAAGAGGGAAAGCCUUGGUAUGAACCUGAAUGGUGGAAAUUUGGUGAUGAGAAAUCGUUCUUCCGGCAUGCAUCUGGUUCUCUUUUGAUUCUCUCCAAGAGUUUGGCUCAGUAUGUCUACAUAAACAGCGCUUCCUUGAAGACUUAUGCUCAUGAUGAUGUAUCAAUAGGUUCAUGGAUGAUGGGUUUACAAGCAACAUAUAUAGAUGACAAUCGAUUUUGCUGUGGUAGCGUUAGACAAGACAAAGUGUGUUCCCUAGCCUAAUCAAGGAGAUGCAUAUAGCUUGUCAAGAAGAGAUAUCCAAUCUUUGUUCGUUUCGGUGAAUGAUUUGUGUGAAGAAAUUGACAUAUUUGUUGUUAUAGAUUUACUUAGACGUUGGCCUCAAUUCCUUUUAGGAUUUACCCAUGUUGACUGCCUAUCCUUUCGUCCCAACGAUUUAUCUUUGUAAUGCAAUCUGAAUUGUUGGAAGAGUUGAAAUAGAAUAUCUGUAUCGAAUCAUUUUCGUUAUCAUCAUAGUAAAAAAGGUUUAUGGAGCUUACUUAGAAGGCAAUGUCUCCAUGUUCUUA